UUGGUCAGUUAAAGCCAAUUUGAUGGGGAGUACAUGUGGUGCUUGUUUUUCCAUUCUUGGGCUAAGCUUUUAAACGCAUGUUUUGUCUUGGUUCCAAGCAAGUCACAAGGCACGAAUGCAGCUGUGGCUGAGGGCCAUUUGGGAGACGCCAGAGCCUGACAGCAAGAAGGAGCCUGGGGCUGCAGCGGGGCGCAUAGCCUGCCAGCCGGGCCAAGUGGGCUCUCGGGCCACGAGCAAAGCAUGGGCACAACAAAAGUUCUGAAAAACAUUUAAAUAGAAUUUGAAAAAAUAGAAGGGAAAGUCUGAAGUCUUUUGAAGUUUGCUAUUGUUUUUAUUUUCUAUGACAAUCAGAGGAGGACGCCAUAAACUUUCAUUUCUCCAGCGUUUUAAAGGUGUUCAUCCAGUCUUGGCCACCGGCUUUCUCCUUGCUGGCCGGGUGACUGACGCGUCUGGAGUGCGGUGGUGGUGCCAGGCGAGGCCACCGCAGCGUCUACCGCCUGCAUCAGCGUCCGCAGAUUCUGUGGACAGGCGCCAUGAGAAGCCAAAGGGGGUUCGUCCUGUUCGGGCUCAUGCUCGUGCUGGCUGUCUUCUGCCAUUCAGGUUAUAGCCUGCAGUGCUACAGCUGUAUUAACCCAGUGCCUGAAUGUGCUACAGUCACCAACUGUACAACUAAUUUUGAUGCGUGUCUCCGUACAGUAGCUGGGCCACGUAUAUAUCACCAGUGUUGGAAGUUUGAGGAUUGCAGGUUUGACCGCAUCUCAGCACUCUUAGGGGAAGCUGAGCUACAGUACUACUGCUGCAAGACGGACAAGUGUAACCACGAGCAAGAUCAAAACCAUGGGACCACCUUAUCAGGGAAAACAGUUUUUCUGCUGGUGACCCCGUUUCUUGCAACAGCCUGGAACUUUUAUGUCUAAAUCAAGCCCAGGAGGGAUUGUAACUACCCCCUCCACCACCACCCCCUUAUUCCCCAUUUCCUGGCUGCUGCAUACAUAACAAAGGCUUUAUAUUUUCCAAUGCCAUCCUGUUGGGAAGGAAUAAAAUUAGCUCAAGCAUCUUGGAUCAGAGAGAGAGGGACUCAGAGACUUUGAAGACCAGUCCUGUUUGCAGGGAAGCUCCACUUGAGGGAGAAGUUUAAGAGUGAAGCAGGUGUGACUUGCACUAGGUUACCUGCUUUCUUCCUCUGCUCUCUGGAGGACCAGCUUUGCAGUGACAGCUUGUUAGGUUCUCCAAGACCCUCAGGUGUUUCCCCUCUGGUUCCCUGGAUGUGUUAAAUAGUAUGAUUCGCAUUUGGGAGGGGUGGUGCCAGGGGAUUCUUUUCAACAGUUCUCUCUCACACGGAGCCUUUCUUCAGCUUUAUGGCUCCUGUGUUACUAUGGCAGCACAACAGAUGUUCCAGAUGUGGGCUGUCAGGAGCAACAAGAUUAGAAGACAUCUGGCAGGGAAGGCAGAAGCAUCCUAGAGGGCAGGGCAUGAAAACGCAAAGUCUAUCGUUAGACAGCCUACCAGUAGCUGAAAUUUGAGUUUUCUUGUCCCUAAAUUUUGUAUGGGCUUUGCUGUCUUUCACUGGAAAAAUUUAAUAGCAUAAAUUAAUGGUAUCUUAAAGCUA